CAGCCCUGAACGCCGGUUAAGAUCACGGUUCCCGUCGCCAGUACCAUGGAGGCGCCGGUGGAGGCGGAAGUUGAAAAUGAGGACGGCGACAGCAGCUUCGGGGACUUGUGCUUGAUGGACAAAGGCCUGGGAAGCAUAUCAGAGUUAUCUUUAGAUUCAACCCUUCAUGCCAUCAAUCUUCAUUGCAAUAACAUCUCAAAAAUCGAAUCCAUUGACCAUGUUUGGAAUUUACAACACUUAGAUCUGUCAUCUAAUCAAAUAACUCGAAUUGAAGGUCUAAAUACACUGACAAAACUGUGCACUUUAAAUUUGUCCUGCAAUAUGAUCACAAAAAUAGAAGGACUUGAAACACUAUUUAAUCUGACUACAUUGAAUUUGUCUUAUAACCACAUCAAUGACCUUAGUGGUUUGAUUCCCCUUCAAGGAAUUAAACAUAAACUCAGAUAUAUUGACCUACAUAGUAAUUGUGUAGAUAGCAUCCAUCACUUACUUCAGUGUAUGGUAGGACUGCACUUCUUGACUAAUCUCAUUUUGGAGAAGAAUGGAGAAGAUAACCCUGUCUGUCGUGUACCAGGGUACAGAGCAAUUAUGCUCCAGACAUUGCCACAGCUUAGGAUCCUAGAUUGUAAGAACAUAUUUGGUGAGCCAGUAAAUAUGUCAGAAAUAAAUUCAUCACGCCUACAAUGCUUAGAAGGUCUUUUGGAUAACUUAGUUCCUUCGGAUAUUCCCCUAAAUAUAAGUGAAGAUGAGAUAAUUGAUAGUGUGCCAGUGGUCACACCACCCAUCGAUGAGAUAGUUCCCUUGGAUCAGUUUGCAUCACCAACACAUACUCGUUUGACAUCCUUUAUGUGUCCAUCUUCUGAGCCGGAGAAAGUUAAUCAUGAAAGCAAUUUUGAUAAUGACAUGAAACUUCAGAAAUUAGAUGAUCAAAUUUUACAGCUUCUUACUGACACUUCUAAUUCUUUAAUAGCUAAUGUGCCCAAGAGAGAUCUCAGACCAAAAAGAGAUACAGAUAUGACUUCUGAAAGCGAAUAUGAAAACAGAAAAGAAUUUAAUAGAAGAAUUCCUCGAAGAUCAAAAAUCCCAUGCUAUUCCAGAACAAUUCAGACCAUUAAGCACCACAACAAAAACAACGCUUUUAUGAGUUGUAAUCGUAAAAUGAAACAACCUUUCUUUAAAGACUUACAUGUAAGAUCCUCUCUAGCACACUGUAAUAUGUUAGAAGAACCGGAAGACCAGAAGAACGAACUCAUUAAAGUAGACAAUAGCAACUCAGAAGACACCACUUACCGGACACUCCUUCAACAACUCGACCAAGAGAGAGAGAAGAGAUGGAAAGCUGAACAAGCUGAAAAGAAACUUAGGAAUUAUAUUGAUGAACUGCAAAAACACACAACGGAGAAAAAAGGUUUUCAUACCCUGGCUGUGCUCACCACAGAUAGGUUAAAGGAAAUUAUUUAUAAAGAGAAAAAUUCCAAAGCACAACUCGAAAUUAUGGUUCACAAACUUCAAAAUGAAGUAAAACAUCUAAGUAUUGAAUUAAUUAAAGCAAGAGAUCAACAAGAGGAUCAUGUUAGACACUUAAGAACCCUGGAGAACGCGCUAGAAAGAAUGGAGAGGCAGAAAGGGCAGCAGCAGGCAGCACAGAUACGACUUCUCCAAGAGGUGGAGCUCAAAGCUGCUGCUGCGGACAGAGAAAUAAACUUACUUAGAACUUCUCUUCAUCAAGAAAAGGAACAAGUACAACAACUUCAUGAACUUUUUGCACUGAAAGAACAAGAACACAGGAAAGAACUUGAAACAAGGGAGUUUUUCAGUGAUGCUGAGUUCCAGGAAGCCUUAGCUAAAGAAGUAGCUAAAGAAGAGAGAAAGCAUGAACAAGAUAUAAAAGAAUACCAAGAAAAAAUUGAUACAUUAAACCAGCAAUAUAUGGAUUUAGAAAAUGAAUUUCGUAUUGCUUUAACUGUUGAAGCCAGAAGAUAUAAAGAUGUUAAAGAUGGUUUUGAAAAUGUUGCAGCUGAGUUAGCAAAGAGCAAGCAUGCUCUUGUUUGGGCUCAACGAAAAGAAAAUGAAUCUUCCUCUUUAAUUAAAGAUCUGACCUGUAUGGUGAAGGAGCAAAAAACAAAACUUGCAGAAGUUUCAAAAUUGAAACAGGAAACAGCAGCAAAUUUACAGAAUCAAAUCAACACCAUUGAAAUCCUGAUUGAAGAUGACAAACAGAAGAGUAUUCAAAUAGAACUUCUCAAGCAUGAAAAAGUCCAGCUUAUUUCUGAGCUAGCUGCCAAGGAAUCACUAAUUUAUGGUUUAAGGACAGAAAGAAAAGUAUGGGGGCAUGAGCUGGCACAACAGGGAUCGUCUCUAGCCUUAAGCCGUGGGAAAUUAGAGGCUCAAAUUGAAAGUUUAUAUAGAGAGAAUGAGUCUCUGAGAAAGGCAAAUGAACGUGAUAAUGAUGCAUUAAAAAUAAAGUGCAAAAUCAUAGAAGACCAAACUGAAACCAUUGGAAAAUUAAAAAUUUGUUCACAAGAAAAAGAAGAACAAAUCAAAAUAUUACAAGAAAAGAUCAUUGAAAUUCAAAAAUGUAGUCAAGAACAACUUGAUGAAAAAUCUUCACAACUGGAUGACAUACUUGAAAAACUGGAAAGACAUAAUGAAAGAAAAGAAAAACUAAAACAGCAGUUGAAAAUAAAGGAAUUAGAACUUGAAGAAAUUAGAAAAGCUUAUAGUACACUUAAUCAGAAGUGGCAUGAUAAAGGAGAGCUUCUAAGUCAUCUGGAAAUGCAAGUAAAAGAAGUCAAAGAAAAAUUUGAAGACAAGGAAAGGAAACUUAAAGCAGAAAGAGACAAAAGUAUAGAACUACAAAAGGAUGCAGUGGAAAAGCUUCAUAGUAUGGAUGAUGCCUUUAAGAAACAAGUUGAGGCCAUUGUUGAAGCUCAUCAAGCUGAAAUAAUACACCUAGCAAGUGAAAAGCAGAAAUGCAUUGAUUCUGCAAAUUCAAAGGUUCAUCAAGUUGAAGAAGAAAUGCGUGAACUUCUGCACGAAACGUGCAAGAACAAAAAAGCAAUAGAAGAAAAAAUUAAGCAACUUGCUUUUGCUCUAACUGAAAUUCAGCAAGAAAUGUGAUGGUUCUGAGAAUGAAUUUAAUUGGAAUGGAACAGCAGACCUAUUGUAAAAAUGAUUAAAUAUUGUAAUAGUAGUAACUGCUACGACUUUGAAAUGUCUCUUUCUACACAUUUCAUUCUCUUUAUAUUUUAAUAGGCUUUUGAUCAAGUAUUUUAAUUGUAUCUGUAGGUUUUUGUAAUAAAUUGUUGAUCAUUAUGUGUAUUAGAAAAACCUAUCAAAAUAACUAGAUUUAUGACACUUUCUUGUUUCUGUGCUAUAUACAUUGUUUGGUAAUUACACAUUUGCCUACAAAUAUGUAAAUGGAAAGUAACAUUAGUAUUUGGACUAUAUAAGGUAAAAUAUUUUCAUUGUUGUUACCUUAUUGUGUUGAUGAAAAACUAAUUAUAUUUAUUGGUCAUGCAUUA